AUGGCAUCCGUUUGCAUUCACCGGCAGCUAAACUCUCCUGCGGUGACGAACACCGACAAGAAAGCGGAUUUUCGCUAUCCACCAGUUAAACUUUCCAUGUCGCCUAGGACUUCCCGGCCUAUCCUAAAAGACAUGUCAAACACUAUGGUUGCUCAAGCAAUGGAAAGCCGUCGCUAUAUCAUCGAGCAGCCUGACAUUGACGCUCCCAGUCCAAAUGUACCGCUCUCGUCCCAGCAUGAGUCACAUGUCCGUGGUCCUUCUUAUGAAAAGUUCUGUCCGAUUGUCCCUUUGUCUCCCAUUCGCAAAAAUGCUCUUCCAAUAGGUCCCGUAACGAAACCUGCCAGCGUAGACCCCGUUACUUCGCUUGGUGCCAGCCGCCGUAUCCUUGCAGCACAUCUACCUUUGUCGCUGGAUUCCAUCGACUUUCAUAUUCAGUCACAGACACGCCACCCUUUGGUCAAUUCGAACAAAUGUACUCCCAGGCGUAGUUCAUCUCUCAUAGGUUCUCCAUCUCUCAACUCUUUGCCUUCAUCCUGGUCCACAGAGUACUUCGACUCAUCCGCAGGUAAAGAAAUUAUGGACCGUGCAGUCCCUUCUGCUGCUGGUGAACGCAGAGGUAUGACUCGUGGAAAUUUUCGCGAGAGUGGAACUCAUACCACUGUUAAUCGCAAUCGAGACGAAGCUAAAGAAUAUCGAUUUCCCAUCAUCCCUACUCGCACCUCCACUCCGCCGCUCAGCCCUCCACCUCCUUCAGGGUCUUCCAUGGCCACUGGACUUUCCAAGCGAUCAGGUCGCUGUUUUCGCUUAGUACCCACGAAGGUUGAUGGCGAGGAUAAGUUCAUGCAUGCUGUAGCGGCUCAGAUAUGGCCUCGCGUCGAUGAAGCUGGGAAACCGACUUUUGCUUCCGUAGCAAAUGGCACAGAUCUGACGGGAGACGGUUCCCCUGGAAUGCCACUUGAUAUGCUCCAAACUUUAGGCCAUCUCGAGGACAUUGCGGCUGUAGUGAAAGGACUACCUUAUCCUCGCGCCAGGGCAUGCGGGGACUUCCAGACGGAGGGAAGGAUGUAUUUUUCUGGCAUGGGAGGAAGGGAUGAUUCGUCGACAACGCUCCGACCCUCGACUCCAGGGAUAAGCACUACGCCUACAUGGGCUGACAAAGGUAAAUGGCGAGCAACUGCUCCCCCCAACAAGAGUAAAGGAGCCGUAGUAGAAAUUCCCCCUACUACAAAAACGAAUAUAGCGAAAUGCAUCACAGGCCGACUCGUUUCCCACCAAGAAACCAUGGGAUGCGUUUACAGUCCUCAACUAUACUCCACCCAAACAUUACACUAUGGACCACCGGAACCCAAGCUUGAUUUCGUUGAGUGA